CACAGUUCUUUCUACCCGGUAGUGCUGCGUCUCUCAUCGUAUUAUUAUCCAUGGGCGCCUGGUUCUGCGCUGGGACGGCCUCCGGCAUGCUGUCUUAUUUUGUCCACUCUCACUGAAUAAUACCGCCGUUGUUCAGGUUAUAACCUGACACAGAGAAUAAAAGACGGAUUAAGACGCCCUUCCAACUACUUCCAGGAUCCCCGAUUGGAUAGUUGGAACACGGAGGAUACGAUGUUCAACUCUGUUCAGACAACGCUCUGCACCACCACUCACCUCACAGUACUAGUACUUGUCUCCAGGUCCACCGGAGCCUAGCUCAUCCAAACGGCGCGAAAGAUGAAACCCCGGCCCCCACUACGUUAGUUACAGACGGAAUUUCUUCGAGAUCUAUUCUAGCUGGCCUAUCAGAAUCCUUGAUACUCCGUGUUGAACUUUUCAAAACCGCCAACGCCAGACAUCAGGCUCGCUGCUACGGAGUAUUAUUAUUGUGGGAGCUGGUGCGUGUCUUCAAUUUAGGAACCUCAACCUUGGAUUCUUUUUGUGGCACAUAGCAAUAAUUUGCCUUAUUAUUCUGGGAUUUCUUCGCCCUCUUCUUCCUUUUGUUCUUCUAGUUAGCCUUCCAGAAACUACCCAUCCCAGGUCUGACAUGCCAUGCUUCCGAGACGAGACAACCUUUAAUGACGUCGCAUAAGUUAAGAACGACCAGGUCCCUCUCUUCCCGGACCGGCAUUUUCCAAGUGUGAAGUGAAAGCUCUCUGAAAUCCUGGGGCGACCGCCGCUCUUUUUUAGUAUUCAAGGGUUUUUUUUUUUGGUCUCAACCUAUCCAUCCAUCAUUAUCAUGCACUGCCAGACAGCCUGCUGGAAUUAAGACGGAAGAUCAAGACAUCUCUUUAUUGUCGAUUCGAAUAUAGAAAUCUUGUCCUAUAAACGUGCCGAGUUUCUCCAGAUUUCAAAAGUGGAACUGGGGUGUGGAAAUGCCUGCCGGUCGGUCCACGAUGAGUAUCUUCGCGAGUCACGAGAUAUAAACCAGACAGGAAUGGAAGACGGAACUUCUGGAUACCCCUGGUUGCUCCUGUGGACAUAACUAGCCCAUGAUCUUUGGCCUUCGUCGAUUUCUCGUGAUCUUAGCUGAAACCAUUGCCUAUCCUUUCUACGGUGCCUUCUCACGUUUGAUAAAAAGUCCUUGGUUUCACAUUUUCAAGGUUCGCAUGGACGGUCCUCCUAAAGUAUUUAAACCACAGGUCCAAUUCUCCAUACAUAUAUUUACGGAUACACACAACGACUUUUGUCACUGGUCUCUCUUCUACCCUCCUUCCUUCGGGGCCUUGCCUAUCUGCAUUAUCUCUAUUUGUACAUGUACAUGUACAUGUACAACGAGAAUUCCGGCCGUGGCAAAGCAUCCUCUCCCUGUUGAAUACGGAAUGCUAUUUAGAUACAAUUAAUUUUAUUGCAUUUGUCGGGCGUCUCCUUCGCUUGCUGUCGAAUGAUCUAGCACCAUCACCACAGGAGAUCUGAUUCUUGUCUGUCGCUUGGUAGUCCGACAGCUUCGCUUCCAUUCUUCGUGCCCUUCAAUUACGCUUUCUCUACGGCUUCCUCUUUAUACCGUUCCUUGAUUUUACAUAUGGCUCAGGUUGACCGCCUUGGGAUCUGCGUUUGCAACAGUGAGCGGGUUGCGAAGGAUUCCAUGCCCAUCGUUAUUUUGCCUAGAAGGUUACCAAGCGGAGUCAACUGAUCGAUCAUCGGCGUCAUCAUUUGUCUAGCGGGUAUCUCAAGAAGCGUUCACGUGGAUUUUUGUACAGUCAAUUUUGUGUUUAUUUCACUUAAAUCGUCGUUGAGCGACGAUAUACCUACCAAAAUGUUUGUCCCUAAACACAGCUCCCACAACAUGACACUGCGACGGACGCCAACGAGGAGCACCUUCGGUCCAACUCCUUUGUCAAAACAAAGUCUCCGCGUUCCACUGGCUGAUUCUCCUCUCCCGUCGCCGAGUUUACCCUCGAUACUUCCCCGCCACGGCAAGAAACCCUCGCGAACCUGGCCCAUGAAAGCCUGGCGAGUCUUCGCUUGGAUAAUUGGAGUAGUUCUGAUUAUUUGGUUUGGUGUUUCAUGGCAGCGAUCGGGGCGUCCUCCCCCUCCUGUCAAUUACGUUUCUACCGAGGGUGACCCCUUCGAAAUAGUCGGCAGUGAUGACCUUCCCAAGGGCCCCAGCCCAGUGAUGGUGACUGAUCAACAAGGAAGAUCGCGAUGGACAAUUUCAAUUCCACACAAUCUCGAGUUCCCCUUACCUCCAUCUGACUACUCUCGCAUCUGUUCACAGGCAAUGGAGUUGUCGCGUAACAUGGAAAACAUUAAAAAUAAUAAACCCGCCUCAGCCCUUCAUACUGCACAUCAUGCAUACUACUGGAAGGAUAAAAAUUUCAUAGACGUUCCUGAUGCGGAAGACAAAGGACUACUUCCAAGUUCGCGUGGCCGCGAAAUCUCUCGAGGAGGACUUGGUGUAGUCGGUGGUGAGAUAUAUAUCGAUCGCCAGGAGCUGCCCAUUUGCGAGAAGUCUUUGACUUAUGUCAUGCAGACAGACGAUGCGGGGAUGGGUGCGACAUUAAUGGGUUUAUGGAUGAGCUACGGCUUGGCUCAAUACGAAGGAAGGGAAGUUUUUGUUGAUGACACGAAUUGGGCAUAUGGCCGAUACACAACAUACUUUAGGCGCCCACCAAUGCCUUCCUGCCGUCCCCCUCCGCAGUCGCAGCGAUUGCCUUGUCCCCAUCAAGCUAGACAUCUCCUCAUAUCUUCGGCUACUACAAAAUGGGCGUUCGGACAUGGUUUCAAUGAAAAAUUCGAAGACGGGCACAGGAGGGGAGUGCAUCGCCAGAAACAGAUAUUUGGUUUCCUCCGCAGCGGCUAUGAAGCCUUGUUCCAACUGACGGGCAGUGAUGCUAGGUACUUUGAACAACGCGUAAAUGAACUGAAUACCUCGAUACGAAAUAAAGGAGGCAUUGAGGUGGGCGUCCACGUCCGCCACGGCGACUCUCACCCCAUGGAAUUCCAAUACCAAAAGUCCUACCUACCUCUAGCAACAUACAGCGAUGCGGCGUAUAACAUCAUGAUAUCUUCCCGCGGGGGCAAUAUCAAACCUGCUGUGUCUCUUAACCAGGAAAAGUCCAAAAUCUUACUUGCCUCCGAUGACCCGGAUGUCUACUCGGCUGCGGAGCUGUCCGACGCGGAAAAAGCACAGUCGAUGAUUACACUGGUAAGCAAGGCGGCACUUGACGCCGCUACGGCAGCGAAGGGAGGGACCCCAAACAUGAUGGACGGCAACAUAGGCUGGGAAGGCGGGUUCUUUAGUGACAUGUUCUGGUCUUUGGGAGCACCGCCACCUCCGCGGGCGGCGGGGAGCCCGCGCGCCUCAAAGAACGAACCGCAUCUGCGGCCGCGAAGCGUGGGACCGACUGACAUAGACUUGUUCCGUUUCCAUCCUCCUAAAGAAGCUCUGCGUCUGCGCCAGCUGGUUGGGCGAGCGUACCUGCUCGAUCUAGCUGUGCUAGGGCAGGCGGACGCGGUGGUUUGUGGGGUUAGUAGCAUUGGGUGUCGGCUGCUGGCUGUUAUGCUUGGGUGGGAUAAGGCUAUUGAGCAGGGGAAGUGGAAAAAUGUGGAUGGGACGUGGCAUUGGAAGGGGAUUAUAUGGUAGGAGUUAAGCUGGUUAAUGAUAUCCCUUUACUUCACACUUCACUUCUUUACUUUUCCUGUAUUUAUUUUUCAUAUUGGUCACUGCUGGACGCCAAUCGGCUCCCCCUUGUCCUCUUGUUUCUUCACAGCGAUCAUCGUCCAUUUCUACAUCUCACAGAAUUUCAUACGUCUCAACCUCUUUUCUCUUCUGUUUUGUCCACUGUAUUUGGGAGAAAUAUUUCGUUAUAUGAGCGUUCUAGCAAUAGCGCACGGCAAACGGGAGGAGGAUGUGGGACAUAAGAUAUUGUUUAGUUCUUCAGAGUACCAUAGAUAUGUCGUUAUUGUUCUCCGAGUUCAGUGUCCCUUAUCAGCGGAGCGAGGUGUCAAUCCCGGAUAUACAGACAUCCCACUACUCUGACCAUCAAUGCAGACCAGCUACUGGAAAGGUUUCAAUUCCUAAGCGAUAAAUGCAGUCGCUAUUCAAACGCUUGAAAGUAAAGAUAAUUUUAAUAAUCUUAAUUAACUACGUAACCG